AUGGAGAAAACAUGGACAUUCCGGGCCAUCUAUUCCAUCAUCCAGAUACAUGUUGUCAGGGGGAUAUGGGAAGGAAAAUUCAACACAGGAGAAGACAUUUAUGCUUUACCUGGCUCUGAUGUCAAUCUGACCUGCCAAACACAGAAGGAAGGCAUUUUGGUGCAAAUGCAAUGGUCCAAGGUCACCAAAAAGGUGGACCUCAUUGCCCUUUAUCACCCCAAACAAUAUGGCUUCUACUGUGCCAAUGGGGUUCCCUGUAAGUCACUGGUGACUUUCACAGAAACUCCUGGGAAUGUGUCAACAUGGACUCUGCACUUAAGGAACAUGUCCUCCUCACUCAGUGGGAAAUAUGAGUGCAGCUUUAUUUUUUACCCACAAGGCAGUCAAACUAAAAUCUACAACCUUCUCAUUCAGAAAAAUGUUAUACAGGAAGAAUGGAGAAGCAACAAUACAAUAGAAAUAGAGAUAAAUCAGACUCUGAAAAUACCAUGCCUUCAAAAUAUCUCCUCUGAAAUUUCAUCUGAGUUCACCUUCGCAUGGUUGGUGGAAGACAAUGGAACUCAGGAGACACUUUUCACCCAGGAUCACCCCAUCAGCAACGCCACAGCAUUUAAAGACAGAGUCAAGCUAGGUGCAGACUAUGGGCUUUCCCUCUCUCCAGUCCAAAUCCACGAUGAUGACCGGAAGUUCUCUUGCCACGUUACAGUCAGGCGUGGCACAAUCUUGAGGAGCUCCACCAGGGUCAAGGUUUUCGCUAAGCCAGAAAUCCCCAUUAUUAUGGAAAAUAACUCCAUGGAUGUCUUGGGAGAGAGAACAUUUACCUGCUCACUGAGGAAUGUAUUUCCUUCAGCAAAUCUCACAUGGUUUAUAGAGAGAAGUUUUCCUCAAGGUGAAAGAAAAGAAAUAUACAUUACAAAUGAAGAGAGAAGAGACAAAAGUGGAUUUUUGAACGUGAAGUCUGUUUUCACAAGGGUGUAUGGCAAUGAACCAGCCCAAUCAAACAACCUGACCAUAUGGUGUAUGGCUCAGACUCCAGUGCCUGGAAAUAAAGUAUGGAAUAUCUCAUCUGAAAAGAUCACUUUUUUCUUGGGAUAUCUAGCUAUAUCUUCAAUGGCUCCUGUAGAUGUGAGCACACUGACUCCAAACAACACGCCUCAAACAAGCAAUUCCAGUGUGACUACCCAAGGCUUCAACUACUCCUGGACCUCCAGUGGGAAAGAUAUCAAAAACUCAGUUUCAUGGAUGCCCAGUGAAACACACAGUUCAUUCCCCUCAGAUGUGGACUCUACAGUUCAUGGUGAUGACUUCAUCAGGACAACCGAAGAAUUUCCAGAAGUUCCCACAGCUGCCAAUAGAUCUACUAAAAAUAAUGACAUCCAUAUCACUGGUGAUGUGGUUAAUAAGCCCAGAGAUGGGAUGUCCUGGCCAGUGAUGGUAGCAGCUUUGCUCUUUUUCUGCCUGGUAUUUUUUGGCCUUGGAGUGAGAAAAUGGUGUCAAUACCAACAAGAAAUCAUGGAAAGACCCCCAUCUUUCAAGCCGCCUCCUCCUCCCAUCAAGUACAUUUGCAUUCAAGAAUCCAUUGGAAGUGAUCUACCCUGUCAGGAGAUGGAAGCACUCCAAACCUUUGAGACUUUGCCAUACAAUGAAACUCUGCUAGAAUCCUAUUGA